AUGUUCGUGGCUUUGCAAUCUCAUGCAGAGCACACUGAGCAGGUGUUGGCCUCGCUGCGUAAUCGCUCGUUCGAAGACCAAGCGGACGAGUCGUGUGCACGGCACGAGGCAGGCGAUCUGACGCGAACUGUAUCGCGGCUAUUGGCGAGAAAUGCCGACUCGGUCAAAAUGGCGAAUAUUGGUCGACCGACGAAGCCGAAAAACAUCUUCGAAAUGCGACUGCCGCCANUCCAGGAGCACACUGAGCAGGUGUUGGCCUCGCUGCGUAAUCGCUCGUUUGAAGACCAAGCGGAUGAAUCAUGUGCACGGCACGAGGCAGGCGAUCUGACGCGAACUGUAUCGCGACUCUUGGCGAGAAAUGCCGACUCGGUCAAAAUGGCGAAUAUUGGUCGACCGACGAAGCCGAAAAACAUCUUCGAAAUGCGACUGCCGCCAGCUUUCGCUUACUAA